GCAUGGUGUGUGAGCCCGGGUGGUUCCCCUGCCAAUCUGAGGAAGUGUGCGUGGAGCGGAGGUUCAUCUGUGACGAUCACUUCGAUUGCGUGGACCACAGUGAUGAAUGGAACUGCACGGACCAUCACGUUGAUGACUUCGUGGACAUGCUCUUCAGAAAGCGACCUGAUGAGGACUCCGAAAAGAGACGAGGACGGUGUGAGCUGGAGGAGCCGCCAAAGGAGUGCCGCUGUGCUGAUUUGAGUCUCUUCUGCGAGUCACGACGUCUGCAGGCUGUUCCUUCUCCUCUGCCGCCCACCGCUCGCUACUUAGACAUCUCCGGCAACUUCAUUCCCGCUCUCACUUCCUCCACCUUCUCCCGCCUGCCUCACCUCCGCGUCUUAGUGGUGAUCAGGGCGGGAGUGCGGGAACUGCGGCGUGGUGUGUUCUCCUCCAUGGCGCAGAUCGACGAAAUCCACCUCACCGGCCACGACAUCCACACGCUUGAGAACGGCACCAUGGAGGGCACUGGCUCGCUCACCCAUCUACAGUUGAGUAGCAAUAACAUUAGUGACGUCUCCGAUGGUUUCUUCGUGCACAACAUCAAUCUGAAACGUCUGGAGCUGAACGAUAACCAACUCAGCAGGCUUCGUCCCUCCAUGUUUCGCGGCCUUGCUUCCCUGAGAAAUCUGUACGUGGAGAGGAACAAAAUGAGGCACUUGGAGGCUCACGUGUUUGAUGAGGUGCCUAAUCUACAAUUCCUCUACCUCGGCUCCAACCAGCUGAGGACCAUCGCCCCGGGAACCUUCAGGCGCCUCUCCCACCUCCAUCUUCUGUCCCUGGAGAGAAACCUGCUGGCCACUCUUACCAACGGCACCUUUCACGGCCUGGCGCGCCUCAAAACCCUCAUUCUUCAGGACAACGGCGUCGAGGAAGUGGAGCAAGGAACCUUCAGUGAGCUGGUGUCGGUGGAGUCCAUGAACCUCCAAGGAAGCCACCUCCAGGACGGCCCACAAACAGCCGUCUUCGGAAACAUGACCAGCUUGGAGUACAUAUAUUUCGAUGAGUUUCGCCUCUGUUCCCUGGCGCUGCACGUGCGGGUGUGUGAGCCCAAGGGGGACGGCAUCUCCUCCGUCGAGCACCUUCUUGACAGCCUGGUGCUACGAAUCAGUGUGUGGGUGAUGGGGGUCCUCGCCUGUGUGGGAAACCUGGUAGUCCUAAUUGGUCGUUUCGUGGUGAAGGAACCCAACCAAGUACACUCCUUCUACAUCAAGAACCUUUCCCUCUCCGAUUUUCUGAUGGGGAUUUACCUCUUCGUCAUCGCCUCUUACGAUGCUUCCUUCAGGGGCGCCUACAUCAGACAUGAGUACACCUGGCGGCGGUCGUGGCAGUGCAGCUUAUGUGGGUUCCUCAGCACACUCAGCUCAGAGGCGUCGGUGUUCACGCUCACCACCAUCACUCUGGACCGCUACUUCUCCAUCGUGCACCCUCUCACUCUAAAGGAGAGAACGCUGCGGGCGGCGGUUGUGGUGAUGGGCUGUAUCUGGAUGGUGGCGGUGGUCCUGGCGCUCCUCCCCGUGUCUGGGCUUAACUAUUACGGCGAUAACUUCUACGGGAGUAACGGCAUGUGUCUCCCUCUGCACAUACACGACCCCUACGCCAAGGCGUGGGAACAUUCAGCCAUCAUCUUCAUAGGCCUCAACUUGGUGGCCUUCAUGUUCAUCGCCUACGCCUACGGGAGGAUGAUUCUGUCUAUAAGGGAGUCUCAAAGCUCUCUGCGGUCCACCCAGGAAAAGCAGGACCGGGUGCUGGUGAAGCGGUUCGCAUUUAUCGUUGGCACUGACUUUCUGUGCUGGAUGCCCGUCAUUAUCAUCAAGUUCAUUGCCUUGGGAGGUGUUGUUAUCGAUAAGACUCUGUACGCUUGGCUGGCUGUGUUCGUUCUGCCCGUCAACUCAGCACUCAACCCCAUCCUGUACACGCUCGCCACCAAGAUCUUUAAGCAGCAGGUGGUCAAGAUGGUGUUCAACAUGAGCAGGUGGCCCACGGCUCCCCCACGCCCCGGCAAUGACUCCAAUCCUCCAACUCAUACGUCACUCUAUACCGAGGUCGCUUCCACGCCGGUCAGGUGUCGACACGGACCAGCUCCUCGGGGUUCCACCGGCCACGUCCCCCAAGUCUUGACGCCCGAGGGUUCUACAGAGGGCGCGAGACUCCCACGAUCCCAUGCACCUGUCCGCCUGCUUGUGAAAUUUGAGGUCCCGCAUCUCCCUCGCUCGUCACUCUCCUCUCUUGCGCCUCUCAGUGACUCAGUGAUUGACUCUUCUGGGCCAGCGAGGCUUCAGAAUCAGUGAGCUCAAAGUGUUGUGCUAUAAAAAUAUUCCGUCAGUUACUUUGACCCUCGUGAUGUGAAACUAUGCUGGCGGUGUGUGCUGCAGUGGGUGCCGUGGUUGUGGACGUGGUGUGGGUGUCAAUGUCAGCGGUGAAUGUUAUGUACGUUACUUCCAACUGACUGUGAGUAUCCAGCUUAACCCUGACUGACCUAACCCUGAUGAAGUGAGGAGUGACACAAGGCAGCACGGAGCGAAACAAUUCGAUGAAUGAAGGCCAAGGAAAUGAUUCGCUAGACAGUGAUGAACCUAAUGUAUAUUUUUGACAUACGAUACAGACUCGAUAGAUUCCCUGCAUAUCUUUAAUUUUCUAUAUCAUGUGAUGGAGACUCUAGUGACGUGUAAUGUUUAAUCUUUCUCUCAAGGCUCAAAAGAAUACGGUGACUUUCACCAUUACAAAAGGCUGUGUGUGUGAUACUGUAUCCCAACAUUCCACUUUUAAAUCUUCUGAACUCGCUCCACUUUUCCUUAUGUAUCAGAAGCAUUGUGUAAAUUGAUAGAUUCUAUUUUUCUCGUCAACAGGGUCUUAAAGCGCCGGAAGAUAAUCAAAGUAUGGGUAAGUGGAAGGCGUUUCAGUGUAAGGGACGUGUUAUAUUUCUGUAUCAUUCAGGAUCCUUCACAACACUGCCCUCCAUUAAGUGUUGCCCCCAAGACUCGUUCCCUGACGCAUCCUGAACAUAUGGACGAGCAAACGAUUCCGCAGUUCACUCCAGGAUGCUGCUUGCGUGUGUCCUGUGUGCUGUCUACAAUAUUGUUCUCUUCCAAGGUCAUUCAUUAUAUUAUAAAGUAUUUUGGACUUGCAAGUUGUUUCCUCAAUUGUAUGAUAGCGUGUAAAUGUGUGUGUGUGUGU